GCAGACGCGGAACUCCAAUGUAACCAUCGGAAAGUUUUUUAAUAAAAGGUAUGCCCUGUUUGUGGACUUUCGGAGCUCCCCCAAUAAUGUGCUGCAUGGUAGUUGUAGACCACUACAGCGGGUAAGUGAUGGCAUCACCCUACAUAUCACCAAGGAAGCCGAUGGAACCGGCGAAUUCAAAUGUUAUGUAUACCUCCUGAUGGAUGCGCAGAUUAAUAACGUGGAUGGUAGAUUGGAUAGGGUGGAGUACUAAAUGACCACAACUCGUGUUUGUCCUCCUAGGGCAAAAACGAGUCAAUAUGGAUGGAUAAUAUAAGUGUCAAAAAUGUAAACUCUCUUUAUCUUUUGAAAAUUUUAGGAUUAAGUGUAACGGUCAAAUAACAAAAAUGUGCAUCAAGUGCUUGAACGUAGCCAAGGCAUCAAAGGAGUGUACAAAAUUCCCGCAUCAAAGGCAAAGAUCCCGCUGCAAGGACUGUGGGGGAGGUGAGAUUUGUGAACAUGGAAGGCAAAGAUCAACGUGUAAGGACUGCGGCGGUAGGGAUAUAUGCAAGCAUGAAAGGCGGAGAUCACAAUGCAAAGAAUGUAAGGGUGGAAGCAUAUGUCAUCAUCAAAGGUUUAGGUCUCGCUGCAAAGAGUGUGGUGGUGGAAGCAUCUGCCCCCAUCAAAGGGAGAGGGCAUAUUGUAAGGAGUGUGGGGUAGACAAAUUUGUGAACAUCAAAGGUUUAGGUCUCAGUGUAAAGAAUGCAGGGGAAGUCAGAUUUGCCACCAUGAAAAAAGGAGAUCCCAAUGUAAAAGAUGUGGCGGUGGAAGCAUUUGCCCCCAUCAAAGACAGAGAUCCCACUGUAAAGAGUGCAAAGGCAGCCAGAUUUGCCAUGGGGGUGAAAGCCUAUUGCAAAGACUGCAAGGGGAGUCAGUAUUGUCACCAUGAAAAGCAGAACGAUAUUGCCCCAUUUGCGACCCCCUGACCCCUCAUCAAGCUCAUAAUGUAAGUACCCGAGCUCGCAAUGCACUGAAGGGAAACAAGGAGCUCAGUUCACAGGAGUAUAUUGGGUGCGAUAUGGCUACGCUGAUGGCCCAUAUCGAGGCUCGGUUUAUUGAGGGUAUGACCUGGGAAAAUUAUGGUAAACAGUGGCAUAUCGAUCACAAAAUCCCGCUCCGGUAUCGAGAAAAUGGUGAUGCCCCAUCGCUUGCAGAGAUUGGAAGGAGGUUACACUAUACCAACACCCAACCUAUGUGGGCAAGCGAAAAUAUAUCCAAGGGCAACCGUUUUGUCUCAGAAUAAAAUGGCUACUCUUAUGAUCAUGGCGAGUUGCGCGUUAAUAAACGCCCUCGCAUUUUCUGGAUCGAAUUAUUUAUUCAGCAAGCUUGCGGGGCAGAACGCAGGCGUCAUGACCGUGCGAUAGAAAGGCUUAACGAGGCCCAAGCGGAAUAGAUACGGAAGAGGCAAAAGAAACUUGACUGGUUCAACGAGGAAAAAGAGAGGCAAAUAAAAGCAGGAAAAUGUUUGAGGGAGCUUGAUGAUUCUAUGUAUCAAUUUUAUAUUUCCUCGGACAAAAUAGCCCCACAAUUGAAGGACUUUUACACCCCUUCAAAAACCCAACAAGUAAGCUAAUGUUCGUACUUGGCUCCUUAUCCCUACUAGGGUUCAUUGCCUAUAAAUAUCUGUAAGAACGUUUUUAACAUGUAUAUAAUAAAGACAUGUCAAAAACGCACGUUGUUACCGAAGAAGAGGCCGAAAAGCUUGGCAAUAUACACUAUACCCCAGAAGAUUUGUGGGUCGGACGGAAAGCCGUUAGGUUACUCGCAAAGGAGAGUGGUCUCUCCAAAAAGCUAGUCACUCAUUGGUUGAGU